CAGUCUGCAACGGGCUCACCAUCCGAUCGUGUCGACUCAAGCAGUAAAAUCCACCUUUAAAAAAAAUCGCGUUCGGUUUUUUGACGCGUGACGUUUUUCGGCCAGUGAAUCCAGGAGUAUCCCAUAUUCUCCUUAAAAUUAAUCCGAAACGCUGAUUAGCGUUAAAGUCAUGACGGAGGCGAAAAUAGAGGAGCUUCCAGAUAGGGUAGCAGAAGUAUUCAAAGGCCGAAAAAUUCUACUCACAGGAGGCACCGGAUUUUUAGGAAAGGUGAUAAUUGAAAAAUUCUUACGAUGCCUGCCAGACAUUGGACAAAUUUACCUCCUUAUCAGACCAAAAAAAGGAAAAGACCCUAAAAAUAGACUGGACGAAAUAUUUAAUAAUGCGUUAUUUGAAAAAGUCAAAGAUCAAAGAGGCAUUGAUACUGUGAAAAAAUAUGUGACGGUAGUAAAUGGAGAUGUGUCACUACCAGGAUUGGGAUUAUCAGCUGAGGACAGAAAAAUGUUGUGUGAAAAGGUCAGCAUUGUUUAUCACGCAGCAGCCACAGUCAGGUUUGAUGAACUCCUCAAGAGAGCCGUUUUAUUGAACACGCGUGGAACAAAGCAAAUGUUGGACUUGGCCAAAGAAAUGAAAAACUUAGUUCUUUUUGCACACAUUAGCACAGCCUACUGUCAUCUCGAAGAGAAGCUUCUAGGUGAAAAACCAUAUCCGCCACCAGCAGAUCCACAUAAAAUUAUAAAAUGUGUCGAGUGGAUGGACGACGAAGUUGUGGAAGCCAUGACUGACAAAAUUUUAGGAAAUCUACCGAACACUUAUGCUUUCACAAAAGCUUUGUCAGAAAGUCUUGUCGAAGAAGCCAUGCCCCAUAUUCCAGCAAUUAUAUUGCGACCGAGCAUAGUGAUUCCUGUUUGGAAAGAACCCAUUCCAGGGUGGACGGACAAUAUCAACGGGCCAACUGGACUUUUGAUAGGGGCAGGAAAAGGAGUGAUAAGAACAAUGUACUGUAAUGAAAACGGGUAUGCCGAUUAUUUGCCGGUUGAUAUCGCUGUGAAUGCGAUUUUGGUUUCUUCCUGGAACUUUUUGUAUUGCAAAGAAACCGAGAAAAGGGUUUAUAAUCUCACUAGCAGUAGUGACUUUAAGGUAACUUGGGCAGAAAUAAUAGUAAUAGGUCGUCGAGUUACAGAAAAAGUUCCCCUGAACGGUGUGGUUUGGUAUCCUGGAGGCAGCAUGAAGAAAACUCGUUUGAUGCACAAUAUUUGUGUUCUUUUCUUUCACAUGAUACCCGCCUACAUCAUCGAUUCCCUAAUAUUCCUCGCUGGACAAAAACCAAUAAUGUGCCGAGUACAUCGACGCAUUAAGAAAGGUUUCGAAGUCUUCGAAUAUUACGCUAACAACCAGUGGGACUUUGUCAAUGACAAUCUAAUAAAUAUUCGAGAUAAAUUGAAUCCUCGAGAAAAAGUGAAAUAUUUGCUCCACGGUGACGAUUUGGAUCUUGACGAGUAUUUUGAAACUUGCAUAAGAGCUGCGAGGAUUUAUAUUUUAAACGAACCACCAGAAACACUGCCUGCUGCUCGCAGACACAUGAGAGUGAUGUACUGGGUGGACAUUAUUACGAAAAUCUUCUUCUUCGUAUUGCUUAUUUACACCGUUGCAUGCUGGAGUGAAAGUUUUCGUGCGUUGCUCGCUGGUGGCUGGGAAUUAGUCACUCGAGGACUAACAUCUUAAAUCUUAAUUUCUAGAACCUAAUUUUUCUAUAUCUACUUCAGUUAAAUAGUUUCCAAUGUGUGUCGAAAAAUUAAAAUUGAAGUAUCUUUUCAUUUUCAAAAAAUCAUAACCCAUACAAAAUUGUAAAUAACUCUGCUGUGGUUCUAUUUUUACCCACGCAAUUUUAUAAUUGUCUUUACUCGUAACAAAAAAAAAACAAAAAAAACUCCACGAAUGAGUUAAUAGUCAAAUAAAAAUUGAUUAAACUUGCUGUAAAAAUACGAAAAGCUCAAUAUUACAAUGCUAGUAAUAAUUAAAAUAUUCUGUAUUUUGUAGUAUUAUCCGCUCAAGAUUGUUAUAAUUGCGACUUGUUACCCUCAACUGGAGAAUAAAAAUAUUUCAUUCUGUAUUUAGAAGUAUUUACUAGUAUAAGCAAGAUCUAAGAGAUUGACGAGGAACUGAUUGUAUGGUUAGAAGGAAUAAAAAAAAUUCACCAAAAGA